AUGGCCAACACUCCGUCUAGAGUCACCACAGUGACCAAGGUCACAUGCACGCCCCAACUCUCUUUAUCGGCUUUAUCUACCGCCGCAACGGACAAGGAGAUAAUCGGCAAACAGUCCCGUUGGGUUCAUCCCCACUUGAUUGAGUCCAUUGACCCGAUCAAGGGCCGGCAACUGAGGGCCUCACAGGAUAUCCCCGCGGGCACUUGCAUCCUGAUCGAUUGCCCCUACGCAAUCAUUCCCGUCGUGGACAACCCAGUCACAAAUGAGGGCCUUCUCUGCAGCAAUAGGGCGUGCAAUCGGGCACUGCGUGCUCCAGCAAGCCGGGUUGUAUGCUCAAAGUCAUGUCUAUCAGACGUGGCCUGGUGCAGCACCACCUGUCGGGACUCAAACAUGGCCUACCACAAUUUUGAGUGUAACUGGCUGAAACGGUACGCCGUGCCGAUCCGCAAGAAAUGGGGAGAGUAUAUCUUUGGUAUGUCGUGGGUGAUUGUGCGGCUUCUGGCAUCACAGCAUGUCGAACGCAUAACCCGGCUUGAAGAUGAAGAGGUCCGACCCAUGCAUGAAUGGAAGUGUGAUUGGCGUGGAGUCGAGUCACUAUGUGGAUCCGUGGACUCCUGGUCUCAUGAGCAAGUUCGUUCCUGGACGCUAUUAGUGAAGAAAUAUCUCCAGAAAAGCGCUGUUCUUCCGCAUGACAUGACGCCUGACCAAGUGCUGCACUUGAUCUGUCAGGAAGAGGCCAAUUCAUUCGGUCUCUAUCCACGGGAAACCGGUAUAUACCCUUGUCCGGAGCCUCCCAUCGACAGGGGAGAGCAAUAUGCCGCUGCGGUGUAUCCAAUUGCCGCAAUGGCGAAUCAUUCAUGUAUACCAAAUAUGAUGCACAAACCCGACGAAAGUGGCCGUAUGAUCUUUACCGCCUCGCAGGACAUAUUGGCUGGCCAAGAAUGCUGUAUAUCGUACUUUGACCUCACGGAACACAUCAAUUUGACUUCGCGUCGCGAGCAUCUUCGCAAAUCUUUCCGAUUCACUUGCCAGUGUCACCGCUGUGCAUCGGAAGCUCCCGCACAGAAUUCAAGCGACUGGUCGGCAAUGCCCUUGAUGGAGCUGUAA